GUGAAAGUGAACCUGCUGUCCGAACCACACAUCGAGCUUAUCCAUCCCAGCUAGCGCGCCCGCUGCUCCGUCCCGCGCGCCGCCGCCGCCGCCGACGGCGCCACCCUGGCAUUUCUGCUCUCCCUUCUCGCCACCCGACACCGACGCCCCCGCCGCCGCUUCCGCCAUCGGCGCCGCCCCCCCUCCCCGGUCGAGGUUCCGGAUCCUUGAGCAUGGCCGGCCAUGUCCGUACCACCUUUCAUCGGACCGAAGGUUCCGAGGCCGCCGGCUGAGAAGACGAGGCUUUCUCGGUGGCAAAUUCGUCGCCAGCUCCGGCCGCCGGUUUGGGCCAUCCUGCAGCGGGAAUGGAGCCGCUGCAGCUCACCGUGGAGCAGAUCUGUCAUCAGGCCCAUGCCGCAGUCGACGAGCAUCCCCGUCGAGUCACUGCGGGCAAGGCCGUUGGGGCUCCCGCGCAGAGGGGUGCUGCCAGAGGUGCCCACCGUAGCUGCUCGCGCAACAACACUUCGGUCAGCGGUGGCGCCGGACAAGCGUGCUCCUACCCGUCGUGUAUGGCCUUGCUAGGAGGCGUCAGCCGUGGCCGCGGCGCGUACCCUACGGCCUUGCACGGUCAUGGCGGAGCCAGCUAUGAGCGGCCUAUGCACUCCGUCGGAGGCAUCGGCUCUUCCAUUCAAGCUCGAGCAUGCCUUGGCGCGUCCCCUACGGCCUUGCACGGCCGUGGCGGAGCCAGCUAUGGGCGGCCUAUGCAGUGCGAUGGAGGCGUCAGCUGUUCCAUUAAUCAAGCUCAAGCAUGCCCAGUCGGCCAUUGUUGUGCCCCCUCGUACGGUUCCCUUGGUGUACACACCUCCCGUGGCAACAACAUGUUGAACAUUUGGAGAGGCGGGUGUACAAUGUGGCCACCCAGCAUGGCUGCAGUGGACGGAGUUGCUGAAGGUGAAGAAGAAGAUUAUGAAGAUGAAGUGGAAGAAGAAGAUGAUGAAGAUGAAGCAGAAGAAGAAGAUGCAGGAGUAGACGGCAACGGCAACGACGAGUUGAACCGGUUUGACACGCCACAUUGGACUAAAAUGAACAUCUACCACUUUUGUGAUCUAUGGUUGAGGGAAAUGAGGAUUGAAAAUUGCCCCAAUGGUGAAAUGUCUCGAGUUGGGUUUCAUAAUCUUAUAGAGAACUACCAGAGACUUGUUGGCUACUAUCAUUCAGUGCCUCAAAUGAGGCGAAGAUAUUCCAAAUGCAAGGACAUGUAUGUAUUUUGGCGCAAAACACUAAAUCAUACAGGCACUACCAUCGGCCCUUUGGGAGAAAUUAGAGCACCGUUUGGGUGGUGGAUCACGGCGGGGAAACGAGAGUUUCAGAUAUUUCAGCACCGCAGUCCUUCGUACAUGCAGUUGCUCAUUGAUAUGUUCUCUGGGUUGCCAGUAGAUGGAUCGAGGUCAUAUAACCCUUUACAUGCAUACAUGCAAGCUUCGGAAGCAAGAGGUGGCGAAUCAGGUGAUGUAGAAGGAGGUAAUCAGAUGAUCAACCACAUUACCAGUUCCACUCAUAAAAGGGGGACCAGUUCUCGCGCAACGGGCAAUAGUUCUUCGAAGAGAACCAAGAGUCCUAUUGUCAAAGCUGUGAUUGACCUCAUGGAGAAGGCGGAGACUUGUUCAGAGAAAACAAGAGAGUUUGUGGAGUAUAGGGCGCAUGCAGAGUUCAUGACACAAAGGCAGCUUAUAUUGGAACGUCAAAACACCAUCUUGCGUACACAAAGGGAAGAUGCUACAGUCCAGACAGGAGAUGGCAGCUAAUGAGAAGGCAGAGAUUAGACAAGAAAUAGAAUAUUGCAUGGAAUUGAUAAGGGAUACAGGUGUUGAGGAAACUUCAGAUGAGUUCCUUAUGGGAUCCGAUUUGUUUAUCCAGGGCGCAGGCUACAGGACCCUCUUCAUGGCCAUUAAAACAAAUGAAGCUAGACUAUCGUGGUUGAGGAAGAAAAUAGAAGAAAAGAGCAAAAGCGCUUCAUGUGGACAUUCUAUGUAGACCUGCUGAGUGCAACUUUGUUGUGAAACGUGUAGUUUCAGUUGGGAUCAUUAUGCUUUGUUGUGAAACUCUUAGUUUGCAGUGGUUCUACUUGUAUUUGUGCUCAUUAGGUCGUGAAACUUUAUUUGUCAUGUGUAUGUGUUGUUAAACUUGUAUUUCCCAUAAUGCUACUUGUUGUGUUGAUUAUGUCGUCUUGUGCAAAUUCUAUUUCCCAUUAUGCUGCAUA